CACAUUCUUUCCUUCACCCUCAUUCGUCCCUCUCCCCCUCCUAACACAAUGGAUCCUCCAUUUGAAGAGAAAUACAAAUCCCUCUUCAACAAUGAUACUCUAAUAUCAAAAGACGAGGAUUAUAUUAUAAUGAGUGAUUACGAGGAGCAUGAGCUGCCUACAAUAGAUCUUCACCGUUUGACUCUCUCCUUCUCGGAGGGAGAGCAGUGUGUAAAAGAGAUAAGGCAGGCUGCUCGUGAAUGGGGCUUCUUUCAAGUUGUGAAUCAUGGGAUUCCACAGGAGAUUUUGGAGCGCAUUCAACUGGAGCAAAGGAAGCUUUUCCAUCAUCCAUUCAGCAAAAAGGCUGAAGAAAACGUUUUGAAUCUGCCUGGUUACACAUGGAGUAACCCUACAGCCACUUGUUUGAGGCAGCUCCCAUGGUUAGAAGUCUUCCACAUACCUCUCACAGAUCUUUCAAAAAUCAGUGGUGAAUACAGGAUUCUCAGAGAGAGCAUUGAAGCUUAUACAGCAACUGCUGAAAAAUUGGCUAAACACCUGUCAGAAAUUCUAGCUGAGAAUCUGGGUGUUUCCUCCACUUUCUUUCAAGAGAAUUGUCUGCCAGAAACUAGUUAUCUUCGAAUGAACAGAUACCCUCCGUGUCCAUUCUCUUCUGAGGUGUUGGGCGCGCUGCCCCAUACCGAUAGCUGUUUCGUCAAUGUAUUAAAUCAAGAUCAGAUUGGAGGAUUGCAACUAUGGAUGAAUGGAAAAUGGAUUAGCGUUAAACCUAAUCCAAAAGCUCUAAUAAUUAAUAUCGGUGACUUAUUUCAGGUAGUGAGCAACGAUGUUUACAAAAGCAUAAGGCAUCGGGUACUUGCCUCCAAACAAGCUGAAAGGUUUUCUUUGGCAUAUUUAUAUUGCCCCAGAAAAGAUUCUGUCAUAGAGAGUGGAAUGAAGCCAUCAAUGUACAGGAAGUUCAGUUUCGGAGAGUUGAUGGAGCAAAAUGCAAGGGAUGUUAAGGAAACAGGCAACAAAGGCGGGAUCCCAAGGUUUCUCGUGUGAAUGAGCAUAUUGUGCUGGAACGUUUCAUCAGGACUGAAUAAAAUUUUAUUAUUAGUAUAUUAAUCUCACAUGGAAUAAAGUUUGUUUGUUUUU